UAUCUAUAGUUACUCUUGGGGGUCGGGGGCGAAGAAUGGAGGCAUGCUGUCUCUGCUCCUCCUCCUCUUCUCCAAAGCCCCAUCUUUCUUUCAAUAUCUCCCCCAAUUCUUCUCCUUUUUGUGCUCGUAGGCAUCCUCUGCUCGUAAGCUUCCAUCCGAUACCCCUAAAAGGCCUCAUCUUGUCGCCGUCCUCUCGGAGUUCCCUGCAAAUUUCGCCACCCUUUGCGGUUGCCGAAGCCUUGGAACAAGCGGCGGAGACGUCGGCGUCCCCCAGAGGCGCGUCCUCGUCUAAGGUCGAUAAAAGCGGGAGGUUCUGUAGCCCUAGAGCCGCUCGCGAGCUCGCUCUGAUGAUCGCUUAUGCUGCUUGUUUAGAAGGGUCUGAUCCGGUUCGGCUCUUCGACAAGAGAGUCAAUGCAAAAAGAGAGCCUGGAUAUGUUUUCGACAAGGCCAUCCUGUUACAGUAUGAUCACAUGAGCUUUGGUGGGGCUCCUGUUGAGGUAGGAACAGAAGAAGAGGCAGAGGGGCUGAUGCUUCAAAAUGAUAAGGAUUCAGCUAAUGAAGCAGAGGUUCUAUCAGCUCCUCCAAAGCUGGUCUACAACAAAUUUGUUUUGCGCCUGACGAGGAAUAUACUGGUAGCUGUGGUUGAUCGGUGGAAUGAUCAUGUUCGUCUAAUCGCCAAAGUAAUUCCCCAAAAUUGGAAGGAUGAGCCUGCAGCAAGAAUCUUGGAACUCUGCAUUCUACACCUUGCCAUGGCAGAGAUAACAUCAAUAGGAACAAGACACCAAAUAGUCAUCAAUGAGGCUGUUGAUCUCGCCAAGCGGUUCUGCGAUGGUUGCGCCCCUCGGGUAAUCAAUGGAUGCCUUCGAACUUUUGUGAAAGAGUAUAACACAGUCGAUACUGUUCGGCCCUCAGAAGCACCAACAGCUUGAAAAGCAUGCAUAGGUUCUCAGUUAUCAUUCUCAUUCUCAUUCUCAUUACAAAGUGGGGUGAUCAACCUCAGAGGAUGACUUAAUCUGUGGCCACAGCUGAAAGUGUUUGCAAGUUCCAAGUGGCUGCAGGAAGAAGGAUAGAGAUUGGAGAUGGAUAUCACAAGGCACACUACUAGUAUUUGGAUCAUGUGAUGCUUUUAAAGAGAAAGCAAUAAUGGACACUGUAAAAUUUCAACAGCUUCUUGUGAAUUUUCCUUUCAGUGGAGAUGAUCCAAAAUUGGUGCCUUGGAGAUGA